CUGUAGAAGGCUCGACACACAACAGCAAGUCAGUUGAGCAAAGAAAGCCAAAGCAAUCGGACGCACAUACAGCAUCGUCAACAUGCACGCGGUUGGAUCUUUUUGUCUUGUUGCACUUAUGUUUUCGUUGCCAGAUACACUUGCACUGAGCAGAGUGUUUAGCUGUGUCGAGUCGCGUGGUUCACUUGGGACCUUCCGCAAUGUAGUUAUAGAGGACACGGGAAACUAUGGGUUCUCAUGUGAACGUUCGUAUUCGUAUUACGGAGAACACUCUAGACUACAACAGAUAAUCUUCGUCAACUCAUCCAUCCAAGAACUUCCGAAAAAGCUAUUCGACAGCUUCGGCACGUUACAGAACGUUUCGCUGGCCGCCUGUGGUGUCAAACAUAUUACGCGGUACAGCUUGGAUAGUGCGAGCUCACUCAAAGUGCUUGAUUUAUCAAGAAACGAGGUGAAUGAAGUGAAAAAUAUGGCUUUCGUAGGAGCAUCAUCGCUAAUUUGGCUAAAUUUGACGCUAAACAAUAUCAGCAUCAUCGAAACCAACGCCUUUCAAUCGUUGAGCGCGCUUCAGGUACUGUCACUUUCAAGUAAUCAGUUGCAAUCAUUGGAUAGCAGUCUGUUUAUCCAUUUGCCAGCCUUACGGGGUAUCUAUCUCGACAACAAUAAGCUACAAGUACUGGAUGCCGAACUUUUUUCGAAAAACACCAAACUCGAGGUAAUCACUGUGCAAAACAACCGCCUCAACGUCGUCCACGAUCGUGCCUUUCCAAGCAAUGUGCUGGUGAAUUUGAUUAAUUUAAAGAACAACAACAUCAUGAGUCUCAACUUGCAACACGUUGCGGCGAAAAAGAUCAUCUUGAGCAACAAUAGACUGCAGCAGCUGUACAUCUCCUCGGAAGUAGUGUCGAUCGUAGCGGACAAUAAUGAAAUCCAAGCGAUUCAGAGCGACACUCCGGGGGAAAUGCAACUGGAACAACUGAUCCUGCGCAACAACUCGAUAACGACGCUCGACACAGUAGGGAAGCUUGCCCGGCUUAGUACGCUCGAUCUUGGCUACAACCGUCUCGGAGCGGUCGGUAUCAGCAGCUUCGGGCUGUUGAAACGGCUGAAGGUGCUGAGUUUGGAGAGGACUUCGAUCUCCAACCUACAGCACGGUACGUUCGCACAGCAGGAAAACCUCGAGUGGCUAGACCUGUCCUACAACAACCUGGACACACUGGACAUGGACAUUCUGACCUCGUCCACCAAGCUGAAGACACUCUUCAUCGACGGCAAUCGGUUGAAGUCCAUCACGCACGAUGAUAUGAAGAAAAACUUUCCCCAGCUAGCGUCCAUCGGGAUCAUCGACAACAACUGGAACUGUAGCUACCUGACCAAGCUGGUACGCUACUGCAACGAGCAUUCGAUCGAGCUCAACAAAGAACAUCAGGUCGAGAUUGUGCAAAACCAAACGAACGUAAAGGGCAUCUACUGUUUCGACGACAAAAACCUGAUCCGCAACUGGAACACAACCGUUCUGCAUCUGUACAACGAGUCGAACAGGACGGGCGAAGAUGGUGCUGUGCUCGAAGCGCUGCUCAAGGGUGUGAUCGACGAUGUGAAGCGGUUCAAUGAGAACCACUCGGAGUCGAGCAAUAGGACCACGAAGCUCGAGGGUAGCAUCCACGAUCUAACCCAACAGCAGAUUGGCAUGCAGCGAGAUCUGAUCAGUGUGCGCGAAUCCAUCGCCGACAUUCGGCUGUCGCUGCUGUCGAAUCGCACAAACGCCUCGUUGGUCAGCACCGGAGAGAUCCGACAGCUGGUUGAAAGCGUCAACAAUCUAACGCUUGAAAAACAGGAAAUCAGUGCGCGGAAGCUGCAGCUGGACAUUUAUGAUCAGUCGCUAAAAGUGAAAAAUGCUCUCGAGACAGCGCAGGGCAACAGCGAUAAGCUGGUACAGCUUGGCAAGAAGGUCGAAGAAUGGAUCGCUCGGAUAACAGGCACAAACGGGGGUACGCUCUACGGCCAGCUAUCAGUAGAGCGACAAGCGCAGCAAGCGCCUGAACGCGAUACUGGCCACAGCAAUGGACUGAUCGUUGCGGUGCUGGUCCUAGUCUGCCUCAUGAUGGGUGUGUUGAUCUACGGUGUGUACAGGGGAAACCGCAGGAUCUACAAUGUUGAACGACGGCGCUAUAACCGAGACAGUAGUCUAACAACGAUCGUUGAUAAUGAAAUAUGAAGUGGCGUCAUGUUUGUCGUAUCAGCUACUAAAAACAUAAAUAAAGAGAAACUGCAUAAGCA